AUGGAGGGAGAUCCCGAAAUGGAAAGCCUUUUGGCCCAGAGACAGGCCCUUUUGGAUCAGAUGAAGGCCCAGGGCUUGGAGCCGGCCAGCAAGAAGGAUGGUCCGUCACGUGGCACCUCCUGGCACUCCUCCCAGACGGGUUCCCAGCAGCAGUUCCCCUCUUUGCCACCGCCUGACACCCCAAGCGAGCAAACUUCGCCUGUCCGCCAAACCUUCCCUGACACAGUGCAGGACUCGGCCCCCGAGACCCAGCAGCCACAAAGCCAGACCGGCCAGCCUGUUCAAAUCAAGAAGCCUGAAGAAAGCCAGGCCAGCCAGAGCCAGUCCCUUGAAAGCAAAAAGCCCGCAGAAAGCCAGGCCAGCCAGAGCCAGUCCUUUGAAAGCAAAAAGCCCGCAGAAAGCCAGGCCGCCCAGAGCCAGUCCCUUGAGAGCAAAAAACCCGCAGAAAGCCAGGCCGCCCAGAGCCAGUCCCUUGUGCCCAGUGAAACCAAGACCCGGGAGCAAGCCACAACUGGCCAGGAUCAGCAGGCAAAAGCCAAAGCCCAGCCCAAACGACUCCUUCCCAGCAGCAAAGCCAAGCCAGGCCAGACGAAGGAGGAUGAUGAGUAUUGUCUAGGAGAGGAGGAUCAGGCCAUCGCCCCUCCCGCACAGGUGAGCAAAGCCACCCUGAUGAAACGGCUGGCCCGGUUGUGUACGCCAAGGGAGGAUGGAUCGUACAAGAUACCACAGGAUGUUAUCAACACUUACAAGAACAUCGAAACUAGGGAGGAAGUCUACCGGAGCUUCGAGAAGUGUGGUUGCGACCCGGUGCUGUUCUCGAAAAGAAUCAACCGAAAGUACGAAGAGAUCAACGAGAAAUCGGUGGAAACCGAGUUCGAAUUCCUGACAGAACAGGAAAUGGAAGAGAAAGGCUGGAGCGAGAAGAAGAUCAAGGGCGCCAAGAGAAGCUGUGAGAAACGGCCCGGAUGGAAGAGGAAGUCUGAAUACUGCGAUGAGUGGAUGUAUUGGGUGGCUGUGAGGGUCAAGGGCUCCAACAAGAAAACCAAGAGGCACACUGUGGCCGAGAUUCUCGAAGGUGAGGAUCAGGGAGACGGCCAGGAUCCAGAGGAGGCCAUGAAGGAGUUCCCGCACGAGGGCGAGGACGAGAAUGCAGCGGCCGGAGGCUUUCCUGGGCCAGGAGAUGAUGAGUCCGACGAGGACAGCAGCGAUAAUGGAGAAGAGGCCAGCAGAAUACUGAAGAAAGUGAUGUUCCCAGAGGUUGGCAAACGACCUCAAGAGGUGCUGCUGCUCGUCACUGCAUGUCUACAGAAACGGAGCUCGAAACUCGUGCCGGUUCUCCAAAAACUCGAGUCCAUGGAGAAAAACAUGCCUCUCUCGAGUUCACAGGUCAAGCAGAUGCCGGCGAACGCCGCAAGCACCCCGAAGACCGAGCCGAAAGUGAAAGCAAAGCCAAAGCAGGCUGCAGCGAAGGGUUCCGGUGAUGAGACUGCCGGCAACUUCGGCCGAGCAGCUCAAUAUGCUGAAAUGCUGGGUGAGGGUGCUCGGUCCUCGGAUCAGGCCACUGCCAAGGACACCAAGCGGUGUCUCCGACAAAUGCAGCACCCCAACGAGCCGGAGGAGAAACGGAGACAGGCCCCGAACGAGGAGAGAGAUUGCCACACUUUCUUUAAACGCUGGGGUUUAUCUUUGCCUGUGCCAAUAACGGAAAAGACCUUCGUGCUGGAGGACAGAGAGAAAGCUGAGACUGCAUUUAUAAAAGUGCAAGACUGGUUGCUGUAUCUCUUGAAACGCAAUCGCUCAUUGCUCGCUGGGGGCAACGAGUCUUUGGAGUUUCAACUGCAGGCCUACUGGAUGGCUUACAGGCAGACUCACAGCACCCAUCCGGUGUUCGAUCGAGGGCUGGACCUCGGGACCACGAUUCCAUUGGCUUUUUAUUCAGAUGAAGGCAAAGGCCCGAAGCGAGGCAACUUCGUGGUGGCCUCCAUCGAGUCACCGAUAGGUUUGUGGGACGUGGCCGAGGACUUUUCUUGCACUUGCGAAGAGGAUGUGAAGAAGGCACCGCAGCAGUUUGUUCCGGGCCAGCAAGCAGCCGGCCCGUACACGCCGAUGGAGGAGGCCGCCCUCAAGCAAACACACACAAAUAAAGGCCACUCCUACCUCACCAGACAUGUGCUUUUCGGCCUCCCAGAUUGGGUUUACAAACACCAUCCAGAAGUUUUGGAGCAGCUGACCCAGCAGGUUGCUGACGAGCUCUCGCUGCUUUUUUCUUCGGGCCUGGAGGUUGGUGGGAAGGUUUACACGGCUUGCCUUGUUGGGAUCAAGGGCGAUAUGAAACAAAUCGCUGAAAAAAUCGCCUAUCUCAACAGAUACUAUGCUCGUUUGGGCCCUGUGAACUACAACGGUGUCUGUGCACAUUGCAUGGCGGGUACAAGUGCCGCCAUUCCUUUCGACGAGCUGGCUCACGAGCCAUCCUGGGCUUCGACGCUUUAUCAGGAGCGACCUUGGGACUCAACACCUGGUAUGUGCUCAGUUCCACACGACAACGAUGCACCGGAAAGAGUUCUCAAGUAUGACAUGUUUCAUCUUUUCAAGGUUGGCCUUGGACGUGAUAUUUGUGGCUCCCUGGUUUUUUGGGCCCGCCUUGGAUAUUACGAUGAUCCCAAUGGCACCGACGAUGCAAACAUCGUCUCGAGGCUCAAUCGUUGCUACAGUCAUUUCAAACUGUGGCGACUGGCUGCCGGAAAAACGGCUGCAGUUCGAUACUUUUCCAAGCCACUCUUCAAUCUCAAGCGGCUCACCGAUUUCGCCUGGGCGAACACCAAGGGUUCAGAUACAAUGCUUUUGUUGGAAUAUCUCAGCUUCUAUGUGAAGAUCCUGCUGAGAAGACCCAACUUGCCGGCCACGCAUGCUGUUUUGUUUCGUCUGCUGAAGAAGACGAUCCUGGAGUCCCAGAAGGCCUUCGCUUUGAUGUACAAACAUGGUCUGUGGCUGAGGAGGGCAUGUGCCCAAAAUCUCUAUUUGAGAUUGAUGUCCGUACUGUCGGGCUACCAGCAUCUGGCUCAGCAUGCUUUGUCGAUGAAGAUGCCGUUUUUUGCACUGAAACCCAAAUUCCACGGCAUCCAUCAUGUGGCCUAUGAGAUCCGAACAGCAUUGCUGACCAAUGCAAAGCUCAUCCCGAACCCCAUCAUGUGGGGGUGUGAGCAAGGAGAGGACCUCAUCGGCCGAGUCUGUGCUCUAUCGGUCAAAGUUUCGGUGACGACUAUCAGCAAGAGGGUGCUGCAGAGACACUUCCUGAAAAAGGCGGCCCUCAUUAGGAGGCACCGACAAGUCCGAUCCUCCCGAAAGCUGCGGCUCUGA